GGCACCUUCUACUUCUAAUUUAAGUAAACCAGAGUCUACAGAAGAUAUGGAUAUGGAUUCAGCGGAAGAAAUUGUUAUCGUCGGCGGUGGGAUUUGCGGCCUAGCUCUCGCCCUUGCUCUUCACAGAAAAGGGAUGAGAAGCAUAAUUUUGGAAAAAUCUGAAACCUUGCGAGAUACAGGAGCAGCUAUCGGCAUCAGAGCUAAUGGCUGGCGGGCACUUGAUCAGUUUGGCGUCGCCUCAGAACUUAGGCACAAGGCUGUUACUAUUCCCAGGAUUCGAGAUGUAUGGAUUGAUGUAGGAAAGCAAGAAGAAAUACCGGAAGUUGGUGAGUUGCGCUGCGUGAAGAGGAACGAUCUUAUCAAAAUCCUGGCUGAUGCUUUGCCACCCGGAACAGUACGCUUUGGAUGCCAGAUUGUCUCAGUAAAUAUGGACCAGGAAAAUGUGUAUCCCACUCUUCGUCUUUAUGGUGGAAAAUCAAUACAAGCUAAGGUUCUGAUUGGAUGUGAUGGAUCUCGGUCAAUCGUGGCUGAGUUCCUUGGGCUCAAAACUGCAAAACCUUUUUCUCUUCUUGCAGUUAGAGGUUUAGCCAAUUAUCCAAAUGGUCAUGCGUAUCCUCGUGAGUUCACUCGCAUGAGAAGGGGCAAAAUCACGGUUGGAAGAAGUCCAAUUACCGAUAAUCUGGUAUAUUGGUUCGUGCUUCAACAAUCGACCCAAUCAGAUGAAAAUUUGACACAUGAUCCGGAAACAAUCAAACGAUCAACCUCAAAUAUAGUGAGUGGCUUCCCAAGUGAUGUAAUAGAGAUGAUAGAAGGGGCAGAGGUUGAUUCAUUGCCCCUAACUCACUUGAGGCAUCGUGCGCCAUGGGAUUUGCUACUAACAACAUUCAGGAAAGGAACGGUGACAGUGGCCGGAGAUGCAAUGCAUGUAAUGGGCCCAUUCCUUGGACAAGGUGGCUCGGCAGCUUUAGAAGAUGCCGUUGUCCUUGCCAGAUGUUUGGGACAAAGAAUAAGAACUGAAGACUUGUCUAACGGUGGUAGGCAGAUACUGAUAGACGAAGCUGGAGAAGCAAUCGAUCAAUAUGUGAAGGAAAGGAGAAAACGGGUGGUGGCAUUGUCAACACGAACAUAUGUUACCGGCCUUCUAUUGGAAACGAGAUCGCAGCUGGUGAAAUUCGCUGCAAUUGUGUUGUUGGCCAUUCUGUUCAGAGACCCAAUUAGUCACACUAAAUAUGACUGUGGUAGACUUUAGUGUAAAAAACAAUAUGACUUCCUUAUGUUAUGUUUCGAUAUCUUCGGUUUGAAAAUUCAUGUUGAAAAUUACAUCCCUUUGUAUUCCUAUAUGACAAAUCCUGUAUUUCCAUGUUUUUAGGUAGUUUUGUGCUCUUUUGAUUCCCAUAAAUCAUUAA